GGGAAGCCCGACUCCAUCUGGGCAGAUGGUACCAUACGCUGGGCCCCAAGCAAGUAUGCCACCACCAAGCUAUCCCGCAGCACAAGCUCAACCCAUGGCGCCACCUCUGUCGCCCACGCCGAGUUCACAAGGUAGUGUGGCAGGUGGAGGUAAUCAAGGCCAGGGCAAUCAGGGGAAUGGAGGAAGAGGCGGCGGAAGAGGACGUGGAAGGAAUGGCGGUGGCCGAGGGGGUCAAUGGGAUAACCAAGGCUACCAGGGCCAGGGAAAUCAAGGGAGCCAGGGAAGCGGGAGGUCCUGUUUUGAUUGGAGAACCGCUAUAUGCCAACAUUGUGACAAACAAGGCCAUACUAUACGGUUCUGCAAUACUAGGCGGGAAGAUGAAAAAGCCGGACUGAUCUAUUCCAAUAUGGAUGGUGAUAUAUACGAUCAGUUCGGAGAAUAUAUUGACCGGAAGGUUCCAGGGGGAGUAAGAGCGGAGGCUCGGAAAAGAAUAGCUACGCGGCAGGCUCCACCUGCCAGGCUCAGGUUGUGGCAGGAAAAGGAUGACCCACCAAUUAGGGUGGAAGAAGUGGAAAGUGGUGAAGAGGUGACUCGGACGCUACACGCAGGAGUUAUAAAGGAAGAGCCCAUAGUUGUUGAUUCAGAGGAAGAAAAUGAGAAUGACAAGGUGGGCCCAACAUCAAUCCUUCUAGGGAAGAUGGAGGAUCUGUGGGGAAAGAUGGGGAGGUACCAGCAGAAGUUGGUAGACAUUUGCGAAGAAGUAAAGGGUUGGAGGGUUGGUAUUCCCAAAGUCUUUCUUCAUGAGUCUGGCCCAGAAUCGAUGCCAAAGCGACCCGGAGUAGCUACCGUGGGACUAGGCUCGCAGUCUGGAAUGAUGGUUAAACCCCCUACGGCGCAAGGAAGGAUGGCACAGGCGGCUCGUACCAGAGGCCAAGCUAAGGUCAGUGCAAGCCAGGGACCUUCGCGAAAAGAGCCAGAGUUAGAAAAGAGAAAGGAGGCCGUAGAGGUGGAAGAUGAGGAGGAGGAGGACGAGCAGGAUGAAAGGCUGCGCCAAGAAGAGGACCAGAGAGCAGAGCAAAGGGCCAAGAAGAGAGGAGCCCAGGGAGAAGCCGAACGAGUUUUGUGCGAUGCGGCGCCGAGGAAAAAGAAGUAUGUGGUCCGAAAGGAGAAGGCAGUAGAGACUACGCCCCCAGUUGAUGGGUUCCUGGAUCAAGAGGAAGACAUCCCUCUUCACAUAAAUGAAUGGUCUUUGCGAGUGCCGAAUUGCGUUGGCCAUCCCAUCUGGAUUGCACCCAGGGGGUAUGAACAGAAGGCAGAGCUUGUGCUCAAGCCUUUUGAAGAAAAAGACGCAUGGGGCGACAGAGAUGCCCAAUGGAUGAUGAAGUUGGCACUAGCGGGCAUGCAUAGUCUGGUGGAGGAGGUGAUAACGAUAGAGGAAGGGCAAGACCAGGUAGAGAAGCAUGAGGAAUUGAUGGGAGGGAUGUACCUCCUCGUCAAUACACUUCUGCAGGGAAACUUUGAUCAAAUAAGCUCACUGAAUCCAGCUGAGAAUGAAGAUGUGGUGCCAGAAAGCAAAGAUGACGAGUUCGAAGAAGGGGAGAUCAAAGAGGCAUUCCGAGCAGAGGAGUAUGAUGAAAUUUACCUAGAGUCUGACUUUGCAAAGACAGCCAUGCCAAGAGGAGGGAGCGGGACGAGGCCGCCACGGAGGCCAUUCGGAGUAUCGGAAGGUCAUGAGCGGCAUAUGUCUCGCCAUUGGGAGCACACUCCCGUAUACGAUGACGGGGAUAUAGAGCUCUUUGUGGACGACUUCCGAGGAUAUGCGGAACAUAUGAGAUGGACAGUGACGCAAAUGAUUGAGAGGCUGAGAGGAGCUGGUAGGUUUGAGGAGCCCAUCACACGGAUCCGUAGGGAGGCGAUGACCUGGCCAGAGGUGGAGAUGAAGAUGCAGGAGCUACGACCGUCACCUGUGGGGCCUGAUGGCAGACCGAUCCAUCUGGAGAUUGGGAAUGUGGAGGACUUCAUCCCCGCCUUCGAGCAGUUCACGCACGAUCAACGCAUAUUGAGGGAUGAAGAGGCCAUGUCAUCGCGAGGAGGACGGAAGGCGCUCGCUAGGCGAGAGGAGGAGUCAAUACCUAUGGAGAAGGAGCAAGGGGCAUAUCCCGAGUGUGGGAGAAGCCCAGUGUUUUUCCAGCGCUUUACUGGAGCGAAGUUGAGCGGGUCUCCCCAGCACGCGAGAGAGGAGGUGGCGCCAUCCGGAGGAUCAUUGCAGGAACUGGAGGCGCACCUAGAUAUUUCACAGUGGAGAGAGCCGCUGACUAGUGAAGGGCGUGGUGAGCCAGCAGAGGAGGUACCACGAGAGGAAGUCCAUGAGCCUGAGCGAGAGACGAGGCAGAGUGCCGAGAGAGGGCGUGUUAUGGAGGAGGUGAUAGAGGUUGAGGAGGACACUCCUCCUCAGUUGCAUGCUGCAAAGUUGGGACCAGAGAUCUUACCAAAGAUCGCCCGCGAGGAGGAGGAGGAGCCUCGACUGGAGGAGAUUCUAUCCCCUCCGCCAAAGGCAAUUCUGCCGCCAGGGGUGAGGAUGGAGAUGGAGCAAGAAAGGACUGGCUGGAGAGUUCUUUGGCCAGCAUGGCAAGGGGUUGGCGCUCCAGAGAGGGCAGGACUCGGGACAUCGAGGAUGGCGGAUGAGUACCUGGAUCGUAAGAUCCGCUUCCUGGCCAAGACAUCUUUCAAUAGGUACCUGAUGUUGGAAGAUGAUCUGGCCGAAAAGAAGAUAAAGGAAGCGAGCCAUGAAGUGCGUCUAGAUGCGGUUGAGGCGGAGGUCCGCCAGCUCAGAGCAUUGGUGGCUAGUCAAGCUGCCAUCAUCCAGGAUUUGAGGCGGCAACCUCGAGACGAGGCUGACAGGACAGAGAGAGAGGAGUCUGCCGAAGUAGUGGACAGGGCAGUGAGUAGUCGACAUGGCACUCAGAAAGAGUCAGUACUGGGCUUAUCCAUGCAGCCACCUGCAGUUGGACUCCCGCAGGAGCCGCCCACGGGAAACGUCAUCCUGGAGUCUGAGGAGGCAAAGGCAAAGAGGGAGGCAGAGAAAGAGGCCUUUGAGUUCAGGGUGCCUACUGAACUCGCCACGUUGCCAACAACAGUUGUGGAGCCCAUGACAGUGGCUAUGCCAUUAUCAAUCGAGGGGGGGAAGCAAACAGCUAGCAGCGAGUCGAUUCAGGGUUCAGGGGAGGGGUUUAUGGAUGUGCUUCGUGAGGCGGUUGAUACUAUGCAGGAAGAGGCAAGUCUGUUUUCGCCUGAGCAAAGGGUGGAGGAGCCUGAUUGCGAUGGAGGGCGUCAUCGAGGGCAGGCCACAGAGGUUGGAUACACCUGAGUAUAGGCCAGAGGGGGUUGGAAUAUGAAGAGAGUUAUGUACUCAGGAGUUAGAGGCGAGACAUG